GGGGUUUCCGGCGGGCCCCCGGCGGCUGAAAGCCGGGGCUCAGGUGCUGGCCCGGGUCGGGGUUUGUGUCCCGAUCCCGCCGAGGCGGCGACUUCAGCGGGGGGAAGGAGUUGUUGGAGGCGCUGGUUCGCCGCUGCUCGCUGCCUGGCAGCCUUAUCUUAGCUCAAGAUGAACUAUAUGCCCGGCACCGCCAGCCUCAUCGAGGACAUCGACAAAAAGCACUUGGUCCUGCUUCGAGAUGGAAGGACACUUAUAGGCUUUUUAAGAAGCAUCGAUCAGUUUGCUAACUUAGUGCUACAUCAGACUGUGGAGCGUAUUCAUGUGGGCAAAAAAUACGGUGAUAUUCCUCGAGGGAUUUUUGUGGUCAGAGGAGAGAAUGUGGUCCUUCUAGGAGAAAUAGACUUGGAAAAGGAAAGUGACACACCCCUGCAGCAAGUGUCCAUCGAAGAAAUCCUGGAAGAACAGAGGGUGGAACAGCAGACCAAGCUGGAAGCGGAGAAGCUCAAAGUGCAGGCUCUCAAGGACCGCGGCCUCUCCAUUCCCCGCGCAGACACUCUGGAUGAGUACUGAGUCUGCUGCUCAGAGGCUGUCCCUGAAGGAACGUGGCGCCUGGGUCACCCCGACAUUUGACCCGAGACUGUGGAGUUUUGAGAAGUCAUCUUGAUUUUUAAUUUUCACCUAGGCAACCAUGAAGAAGAAAUCAUUGGGUUUUUGUUUUGUUUUUUUAAAUAACAAAAUCAUUGUUUGAAGAGACAGUGGCAUGAACUUCUUUCACACGUCACUGUGGAGCCAGCGACGACUUCUUUAUAUUGCCCUUACCCCAAGUUAGACUUUCCAGGGGGCAUUCUUCAUGUACUUGUAAAUAAAGUACAGAUAUCAAA